GGGGCGGGGCCUGCCGCCCGGCGGUGCGGGGCGCGUCCCGGCGACGGCGGGAGCGGCGGGGCCGGUCCGUGCCGAGUGGAGCCGAACGGAGCCGAGGGGGACCCUCCCGCCUCCCGUCCCGCUGUUGACAAGCGGCAGCGCGGCGGCUGUGGUCAUCCUCAUGUGGCGGACACUGGCCCUCGCCUCCGCCUUCUUCCCGGGGCUCUUCGUCCUCUGCAUCCGGUUGCUGCGCUGGGCCGCCCCGGGAUGGAGCCUCAAGGACCGCAUCCUCCUCAGCGGCAGGUUGGUGUCGACGGUCCAAGCCACGAUGGCCACAGUGUCGGGGAUCACAGUUGUCCGUAACUGCAAGGAUGUGGUGUAUGACAGGCACUGGCUGGCUGUGGAGUACAUCUGGGUCCUCGUUCCCUACAUGACUUACGACAUUUAUGUCAUGUACCUCUGCCACUGGCACAAGAGCCUGGACAGGGGAGUUGCAGAGAAGAAGCACUCACUGGCCAGCGUGUGGAGCUUCCUCCUGCAGGAGCGGCUGAUGGUGACCCACCACCUCUUCAUCCUCAUCGUGCUCACCCCCAUCACCCAGCACUUCAGGGGAGAGCUGGGGGACUUCUUCGUGGGCUGCAUCUUCAUAGCAGAGCUGAGCACACCUUUUGUAUCGCUGGGCAAAAUCCUCAUGCAGCUCAAAAUGCAGGACACGCUCCUGCACAAGGUGAACGGGAUCCUCAUCCUGGUGACCUUCUUCCUCUGCCGUAUUCUCCUCUUCCCCUUCAUGUACGUGGCUUACGCCCGGCAGGUGGGAAUCCCUGUUUACAUGGUGCCUUUCCGCAUCCCCCUGCACUGCAACAUCGCCAACGCCUCCCUCAUCGCCCCCCAGCUCUACUGGUUCAGGCUCAUCUGCCGCAAAGCUGCCCGCCUCUACGGCAGCUCACCUGCCGACAAGAGCAGAUAACGGCCAGCACGGGGCUGGAAAAGGGUCGGCUCCCCCCGGAUCUUCCACCUUCACUGCGGGGACCAGCGUGGGAGCAGAGCAGCGGGAGCAGCAAUAACACUGGGCUGUGUUAGCUGGAGCAGCCUCACACCAUCCCCACUGCUGUGCCAGGCAGCACCAGCCUGGGCUAGGAAGGCUUUACUCCCACACUGCUCCAGUGCCCUGUGUCCUCCCACCCGUGGGAGCUGGGGUAGGAGCCAGCCUGUAAGCACGACAUUCCUUCUGGGAUUCAAUGCUGUGGCUCUGAAUGGUUACACGAGAGGGGUUUGUUACAACCCCCCCGCCGUGUCUUUCAGGGCUGACACCAGACACCAGUGCAGUGCGGUGUGAAGGAGCCUGCAGUGCUGGAAGCAGCAGUGGAGGUGAUGCUGGAGCGUGCCCAGCCCCACGCAGCAGCACUGGGGACACAGGAGCCGUGUGCUGGACCUGCCACAGCCCCAGCUCGCUGCUCCAUCUCUGGAUCAGCCUCCAGCUGAGAGCAGAGCCAGGCCGGGGGCUCCAGUGGUUCUGCAGAGCCUGUUCCUGACCUUCACCAACUUCGUGUUCAGCCUCUUACCUCCCACAUGCGCCUCCUCCUGCUGCUGGACUCAAACUCCACUUAACCUAAAGGUGCUUUUCACUACAACUGAUGUCCGUGGCUGAUGGUCCCAGAGUUGGAUGUUCCGGUGUCCCCAGCAGGGCUGGAGGAGAGAGAAGCUUGUGCCAGGACAGAGGAAUGGUUACGCUGUCUCCAGCAAUGCUGGAGGGCACAGCAGAGCACACAGUUGCACAAUGCUGGCAGGGCAGAGCAGAGCACCCAUGGCUGAAGAGCAGGAUGGGGACAAGCAACUGCUACGUCCUUGUCUCACCAACAAACGGGCCACUGUGCAGAGCCCUUAAUCAGCAGGGGAUGCAACUUUCAACCUCUUCCCCAACUGCAGUUGUUUUUCUGUCCCACGUCCCCCCUGGUGGGUAUUUUAAAUCCUCUGCCCUGCUCUCCCACCAGCACCUCAUAUUCAUCCCUCCAGCCACAUUCCAUUCUUGGUGCAGGAGGAACCAGCACCUCCAGAGCGGGGCGCUGAGCUACAUCCUUCAGUGGUCUAGCCCAUUUCCACCUUCACUCUCAGCAAAAUGGGUACGGGCUUCCCAGCUCACCCUGCACCACGGGGUUCACAAGCCUUGCGGGUGUGUGAGUCAGACAGCAACAGCUCAGUUCCCUCCCUGCAGCCAGCACAAGCCAGGGCAGUCACCUCCUUCCUGCAGCCCUCUGAGCUUGCCUGGGGGUCCCCUGCUCCAGGGCAGGUACUGCGCCAGCAUGGCCCUGGCAGUCCCCCAUGCCCAGAGACCUGUAACCACUCUGUGCCUUUCAUUCUGCCUAAAAACAACAGCGGAGCUCUGGGAAAUCUGGUUCUCUUGGGUCUGAUCCUGUCCUGGCCAUGGCUGUAUUCUGGAAAGAGUAAAAUAAAGAGCCUCUUCCAACACGCGGUCGGUUAUUGCACAAACACUACGGUUACAUUAACGACCAAGACCAGCUGAUGUUAUAAACCGCUUGCAAGCUCUUACCGAUGUUUUUAUCUCACUGUUUUCACUGCAAAUAAUGUGCCUUAUGUAAGGACAGAAAUAAAAAGCCAAUGAGGCACCUCUGUUUGCACUAACACUGCCCCAUUCACUGUCAGGAGACCAAUAAAAAUUUCCUUUCUGAGUCACACCA